CUUCAAUGAUUUACAGCAAACUUCACGAUACUACAUUUCCUGAACGAAAUCUAAAUCGGAAUGUCUAGCUAACUUCACGUUCUUUCAGAUUCCUCUUCUAAACUUGAAACAACAAAAUGUCAAAGAGAGGACGUGGUGGUUCCGCGGGAGCGAAGUUCCGCAUCUCGCUGGGUCUCCCAGUAGGUGCCGUCAUCAACUGCGCCGACAACACAGGUGCCAAGAAUCUGUAUGUGAUCGCCGUGCAGGGCAUCAAGGGUCGCCUGAACCGGCUGCCGGCCGCCGGCUCCGGAGACAUGAUCGUCGCCACCGUCAAGAAGGGCAAACCUGAACUCAGGAAAAAGGUAAUGCCGGCAGUGGUCAUCCGGCAGCGGAAACCAUUCAGAAGGCGUGACGGGGUCUUCAUAUACUUCGAGGACAACGCGGGGGUCAUUGUGAACAACAAGGGGGAGAUGAAGGGCUCCGCCAUCACCGGCCCCGUGGCUAAGGAGUGCGCUGAUCUGUGGCCCCGUAUCGCUUCCAACGCGAGCUCUAUAGCUUGAGGUGGAAUAUAUAGUUAAGCAAA